AGAAGAAAUGAGCUUGCGCUUGAGUUGCAGUUGGAAACUCUUAGUAAACACAUCCUCAAUCCUUCAUAUCAUUCUCAGCAUGGCCACUGCUCCUGCUCUUACCUACGGACUUCUAAUCUCAAUGUGCAUUCACUGUGCCUCUUCACAGGGGCACCGUGAAUUUGUAAAUCGAACCGUUUAUGCUGUAUAUGGGGAGAAACUCCAGUUGCCCUGUUCUGUACCCCAUGGAAAGAGUGAACCAAUAAGACAAUGGCUUCUGAAAACUUGCCUCAUGAAGCCAUGGAAGCAGAUUGCUGGGGUAAAGGGAGCUGAGGUGCAGAGCGAUGAGAGUCACUUUCAGAUGCUGGAAAAUGGGACACUGCUGAUCUGGUCUGUGGGCCUGGAGGAUCAGGGACUGUUCAAAUGCGGAGUGGCAGAGGAAGGAUUGGAGAUCUUCGCCGUGACCAAUGUCUCAGUCUUCAAACCACCUGCCAAACCUCAGCUGAUGAAAAGCUACUUGAGCUUUACUGUAGGAGGAGAUUCUGAGAUUGGGAAGUGUAUCGUAAAGGACGGCUAUCCUGUCGGUAACGUUACCUGGUAUAAAAAUGGCAAAGUGAUACUUGCCAAUGGAAACGAGACACUGAACAAACUCCGCAUCAUGAAGAAUCAGAACACUGGACUUUAUACAAUUGAGUCGACACUAUAUCAUACAGUGAGCAAGGCUGAUAUAAAUGCCAAGUUCUUUUGUGAAGUGGUUUAUCCAUUCAAAGGAGGAAAUGGCACGCAGAGAUCUGAACCCAUCACCAUAGAUGUGCAUUACCCAGUGGAGAGUGUUAUGAUUGAAGUCCAGCCGCCCAGUGGCGUGAUCAGAGAGGGCGAUAACGUCACCCUCAGCUGCACAGCUGACACCAACCCCUCACCGGCAGAAUAUGUCUGGGAAAAAGAUGGGAAGCGGCUCGAUAGCCUGAGCCUGUACAAGCUAUACGCUGUGACAAAGGAGGACGAAGGGGAAUAUGUGUGCACUGUCUACGAUUUCGACUACAACUUCAAGUCCGCGGUCAGGGUCAUUCGAGUGAAAGCAGGGAAAGAAGACAAUGAGUUGGAUGAAAGAGGAGCGUUUCCAGCGAUUGCUGAAGAGAGCCACUCAGCAGAUCAUCAUGGACAGCCUAUAGCCACGAACAGGGCUGCCAUGGUUAUUGGAAUCCUAAUGACAUUGAUGGCUGUGGCUUUCUUCACUAGCAUGGCAUAUUACCUGUGCUACUACAGGAAGAAGACAGAGAAGAAUGAUGGGCUUCCAGGCCUCGCUGAAUCUCUGCCAGACACAAAUCCAGAGCAUCAUUAUAUCCAGCACAGCAUUCAGACACAAUAAAGCCAAAGAUUGAUCAGAACCUUAAAAUUUUGUAUUAAAAAUAAUGAAGAUUUUAAUUUUGUUUUUUUCAAUGCUAUUCAACAUGAAGCCUCCAGUGUCUACAAUCUCACUAUAUUGAUUAUCUGCUAAGUCUCCACAAGACAAGUUGGGCCUGCUAUUUGCAUUACUAUUGUUCGAUUGUUUUUUUUGUUCAAUGAAAUGCAUGCUACUUAUUUUGUUACCCAGUACUGCAAUUCUCUUCCGUCUGUGUCCUUGCAUGUUGCCCAUGUUUCCUAUUAUAAGGGGAAGACCCUUGAACAGUUUCUGUCUAAAAAUCACUGUCCAGUUGGUUCAAUUGGUCCAAUACAGGGAUUAGUGGUGGAUGGGGCCAGAUAACUGCUUUGCAUAAUGUUUAAAAUCCGAAUAAAGUUAUCGCUUUUCAGA